ACCAGUGAAUUUGUUUGGAUUUGUUUUUAAACAAAAUACACGUGAAUUGUUUCCGAAAAAUUGAAAGUUGGUAAUCAAGAAAAAAAAAAUGUUAAAAAUUCGCUCACUCGAGUGGAGUACAUCUCGGGCGUUGUCCUUUUACAAAAAUGUGAUAAAAACGAAAAAACCUAUCAUCAAACACAUCGGAGAACCCUUGAUAACUUGUCGACGGCCAGAAUUUAAUUUACAUUGCGGCGAUAAAAAAGAUGAAAAUGCAAAAUUUGGAUCCAUACCUCUCACAUCGGAUGGUUGGCAUCACUAUAAAUCCAAAGGAGAUUUCUUCAUAAUUCAUCCAGAAAAUUCAAUCGAAGAUGUCACACAAAAACCGGAGUAUAAUCAAUCAUUCGAAAAUUAUGAUAUACAUCCUGAGCUUUGCAUCAAUUUGGGCGGUCGGUUGAAUAUGUCACGAACAACAUUUAUUCAACACAAAGCUAUGCCAAUGAUUUUAGAUAAUCAACAUACUUUAAUUGCGGCUGAAACAGGAUGCGGAAAAACAAUCGCUUAUUUAUUGCCAAUCAUCCAAAAUGUAUUGAAACGAAAACAUACAAUUGAUAAAGAUGAACCGCCUGAAUUCAAUAUGCCAAAAGUAUUAAUUAUCACACCGGGACGAGAAUUGGCAACACAAAUUGGCGAAGUGUGCGAAGACCUGUGUCAUGGUCUUGACGUAAAAACAAAAGUUCUAAUUGGCGGUCAUACAAAAUCAAUUAUGAUGAAUCCGCCCAUCAAUCAAAUCGAUAUUUUGAUUGCAACAAUGGGAUCGCUAAGCAAAUUAAUAACAACAAAUAUCUACCGAAUGGAUAAGGUUCGGCAUGUUGUUCUCGAUGAAGCCGAUACAUUGUUGGACGACAGUUUUUCCGGAAAAUUAAGAUACAUUUUGAAACGGUUUCCGUUUCAUAAGAAUGUGAAAAGAUGCGAACCAAAUGAAGUAGCAACACAAUUGGUACUUGCCUCAGCCACAAUGCCAACAAAUAUAAGCAAUUCAUUGGAAUCGAUUAUUGAUCCAAGCACAAUAAAUGAAGCCGUUAGCCCAUAUUUACACAAAAUCAUGCCAAAUAUCACACAGAAAUUUAUCCGAAUGCGUAAAUCACAUCGUCCAGCCGAAUUGCUCAAGAUCAUUAAAAAAGAUCUUGACCGAAAACGACCGGUCAUUGUUUUUUCUAAUAAGCGUGAAUCAUCGGAUUUUGUUUCGAUUUUUCUUAACGAUCAUGACAUCGAAGCGUGCUCAAUGAAUAAUUCGCUAAUCGAAAAAAUUCGACGUCAACAAUUUAAAAAAUUUCAAUCGGGACAAGUUAACGUUUUAUCAACAACAGAUCUGGCCAGCCGGGGACUUGAUACAAAACGAGCCUGUCAUGUGAUCAACUUCGAAUUUCCUAUGUAUAUUUCGGACUAUAUUCAUCGAUGCGGUCGAAUUGGACGUUAUACCAGUGAAACAAAUUGUCAAGUUACAAAUUUUAUAAGCGGAAUGAAUCAAUUAAAUUUGGUUAGAAAAAUCGAACAUGCUGUUCGAACGAAGGGUAUUCUACCUGAUGUAAAUGCUAAUGUGACCAAAAUUAUAACUGAUAAAGUUAGGAAGGAAAUUGAAAAUGAAGAGAGAGCCAUGCUCGCAGAUAUAAAGAAUAAACCAUAGAGCACAUUACAAGUUGAACUUAGUCAAAAAAAAUA